AGAUUAAUGCUUGGGGUUUUUGUUACAGGUCAAUUUCGUGUUUGGCCAGCUGAUGGCCUUACUGCUGGCCUACAUAUUCAGAGUUUAUCUCCAUCCAUCUCAUGUGUCGGCUGCAACACGUCACUGGGGAUCUCUCCUUGCGGGGCUGGGCAUAUCCUACUUCUGUUUUGGAAAACAGGUGUUGCUUGCCUUGGCUCUAGUGGUUGGGUGUUACCUGUUGAUGCUGCUUCUCCCAAUAACACUGCUGCAUCAUGUGACCCUUGCGUCGUCCAUCACCUUCCUCUCUGUGAUGCACAUACAACGGCAGCUUUAUGAAGAUGGGGUCUUUGUUAUUGAUGUGACAGGUCCCAUGAUGAUCAUGGUGCAGAAGGCAACAUCGCUGGCAUACAGCUUGCAUGACGGGUUGUCAGGGCUGAAAGAUGAUGAACUCACCCCACUGCAGAAGGAGAUGGUGGUCAGGAAGAAACCAACAGCCUUGGAGUAUUUUGGAUAUAUGCUGAACUUCCAUUCCAUCCUGGCUGGGCCCUACUUCAUGUUUGCUGACUACCAAGAUUUUGUUGAGGGGACCCACUAUGCCAAGAGAGCUCUCCAGACUGUUGUACCCGCGAGCUCUCUGGACAGCAACAGGAACAAGAGUCCCUCAGAAAGCAAGCUCACUGACUCUAAACUCCACACCAGGCCUGAAGAUGAGCCUAACCCCUUGCCAGUUGCCAUGUACAAGGCACUAGUGUCAGCAUUCAAUGCCUUUGUUACUGUAUAUAUGCUGCCAAAAUUCCCCAUUUCCUUUAUUACAGAUCCCAAGUUCUUCCAGAUGAGCUUCCUCUCAAAGACAUUUUACAUAGUGGCUGUGACCUCUCUCACACGUCAUGUCUACUACACGGGCUGGAUGUUGGGAGACAGUAUCUGUAAUAUGUCGGGGAUGGGAUUCAAUGGAUACAAUGCUGAUGGACGAGCAAAAUGGAACCUUGUCUCCAAUGUGGAUAUUCUUGGAGUCGAGUUUGGCCUAAGUCUGCGUGACACCCUGGAAGCCUGGAACAGUGGAACCAUGAAGUGGCUGCGCUUCAUGGUGUAUGAGAGGGCACCUACUCAGAAGACACUAUUCACUUACAUGCUGUCCUCCAUCUGGCAUGGCUUCUAUCCAGGGUAUUACAUCACCUUUGUGAGUGGAGCGUUCUUCACCAUUGCUGCAAGAAAUGUGAGGCGUACGGUGCGACCAUACUUUCUGACAAGGGGACCUAUGGUAAAGAAGGUCUAUGAUGUUCUCACGUGUGUUACAACACGUGUGUGCCUAGCCUACUUCACAUUCCCCUUUAUCCUACUGAGAUUUUGGGGCAGCAUUGCAGUCUACAGAGACAUGCUAUUCUUCCAAUUCUUCCUAGGAGCCUUUGCAGUUUUUUUGCCGAAGCUCAUAACUCCCCAAAGCUCUUCCAAGAAUCCGAAAGAGCACAUCAAGUGUCAGUAAAUGUUAAACCACCUCUUUAGCUGCCAAAAGUAAAGACACACUCACAGAUGCCAAAAUAUAUGUUGCUGUAGUCUGUGUAGUAGAGUCAUUGGUUAGGUCUCUUCAUUUGCUGUCAUCGGUGUUUUGUCAGUGAUUAUGCCCAAAUUAUAGUCUCUUGUGAGAUUAAUGUUUAUUUUUUAGAUCAAAUUUGAUAUUGCUACAAUGCUUUAUGAAAUAUGAUAUUAACAAUGGAAUGGCAAUGGUUAGUUUAGCUUUUGUGCAGAUAAACAUGACUUUUUUUUUAUGUGAUUGGUUUUGUAUUGAAAUUUUUAGUGUCUUAUAAAUAUCCUUUUUUUGUUUGUUUUUUGAGUAUUAUGUGUUUUUCUUUCAUAUUUUUUGGCAGUUCAACAACUAUUCCUCAGUGUUUGUUCAAUAUUAAUGGUUAUAUUAAAGUCGGAGUGACGUUUUGCCAUUUCUUGGUAAUGGGUUUUAAUUUUACUAAGGCCAUUGAGUCUCACAUGGUCAUUAAUUAGUUAAUUAAAAGUAUGCUCUGCAUUUGUGUGCAUGCAUGCUUGUAGAUUUUAUUCCGUCUUUAAAGGUAACUUAAUUUUUAUGCUGUGAGAUUUUGCUAUACUAUUUAGAGAGAUUUUGUUAAAUUUCAAGGGAACGAUGUCCUCUGGGUGUUAGCAACAGAUCUCAGUUUUUACUUUUUCUCGUCUUUCUUUUAGUGCUAAUGUGUAAAGGAAACCCAUGUUAUUGGAGGGUCGUGUGGGCCUGUCUUUCUUUCUUUUUUUCCUCUUUCUUUUUCUUUCCUACUUUUUUUUCUUCCCUCCUCUUUUCUUUAAGGAUAUAUGUAUAGGCAGCUUUUUUGAGUGAACCGUGUCAUUCUACAAAUCUCUCUUUUUUUUUUUUUUUGUAAGAAGUACCUUAGGCAAUCAGACACUAUUUUUAGCUUGUGGAAAACGUUAUUUGACAUUAUUUUUUGUAGUAGGACUUUCAACCCACUGGCUUCUGGGGUAAGACUUCUGUCAGAUUUAUGCUGCAUAAGUAGAUUUUUGGAUAUAAAUCUAAUAAGAAAAGUCAAUAUGUAGGGAGUAAAGCGAGUUGUGUAAUGUUAAUUAUGAAAGUGUUUUUUUCUUCUAACUAUUUUUAUUUACAUAGAGGACUGUUCUGUAAUCAUGAAAUGGAUGGACUAGCUAGCCUAAAAACUAGCACAAUAUUUGAAAUAUAUUUUUUCUACUUCAUUCUUCUUUAUGGUUUGAAAUGUAUUUUUUUCCUCCUCCUCCUCCUCCUCCUCCUCCUCCUCCUCCUCCUCCUCCUCCUCCUCCUCCUCCUCCUCCUCCUCCUCCUCCUCCUCCUCCUCCUCCUCCUCCUCCUCCUCCUCCUUUAUUACUCUUAAUCCAGUGUGAAAGCUGAUGAAUGUUGGUAGUAGAAGUAGCACUGGUAAUGAAAGCCAUUUAUUUUGUGAAGACAACUCCCUUUUUAGUGCAAGACAAUGGCAAAAUGAAUUAAACUGAAAAUGACAGAAAAAUGAGGGGUUGUGACUUGUUUAAUUGUUUGUUUGUCUAUGGUAUAGGAAAAUGGUAAAGUUGAGAGAGAGAGAGAGAGAGAGAGAGAGAGAGAGAGAGAGAGAGAGAGAGAGAGAGAGAGAGAGAGAGAGAGAGAGAGAGAGAGAGAGAGAGAGAGAGUCAUUUUACAUUGUGGAACUAUGAAAUAUUUUAAACUUUUCCAAAUAAUUUGUUAUAAUGAAAAGACAUAUGCAGUUAUUUAUUUUGUUUUCAAGCACAAGGUAAAUUUUCAUUUAGCACAACAUAUAUAUAGUUUGUGUAAAUUAAAGGCAUAAACUAGAGCCUUCAGACAUUUGUCAUGAAGGUCAUUAUUGUUUGCGAUCAAAAAAAAAGAAUAUAUAUAUAUUUUUUACUUUUUCAAAUGUAACCUUAAUGGUGCUAAUAUUCAUCAACGAACAAAUGUAGAUUAAAAUUAAUCAUUGAGGUUAGGUGUUCAUUUUUGCCAGUGUAAUAAGAGCUUUAUUAUGUAAAUAUCCAUGUUCAAAAAAACAACAACAUGGUUUGAAUCUUGUCCUAGAUAAAUGAAUGAAUAAAUAAAUACGUAAUUAAGUAAAAUGUAGGACUUGUGUGGCCUGAAAUAUUAACCCUUUGCCGACGGGUGGCAUGUACGCACAUGCCAUGGCAUGGCAGGACAAACCGACGAUUUCAACUCCAUGAUGCCGCACACUGCUUAUUUUAUUCAGACUAUAGACUGAAUAAUGAUCAACUAUGGAGUCUAUAUAACAACCAAAAUACCCUUCAGUCUCAAUUUAUCAGGAAAUAUGGCAAGUAGAGACUUUAGAAAAUAAUGAAAACUGAAAAUACAACAUAUCCUCGUAGUAUUAUGAAGAAACGGCAAGGGAUGCUGGUAUUUGGCAUGAGUGGUUGCGCAUGCUAGGGCGACGAUAUAAGCCCCCGGCAGCGAGGCCCUGGCCAGUAUGAAUACAACCCGUUGGGAAAGGGUUAAAAGACUUUUGUCAUGGGAUAGAACCUCUUGCGACCAUGAGGAACUGAGCAUAGGUUUGAUAAUGAAGAAAUGAGUGGUGGGAAAGUAAGGAAGCUUUAGAACUGUUUGUUAAAUAUAGUUGUAUAAAAUACUUGACCUUGCUUGUUAAGGUGACAAUUUUGAAUCAAACUUUCUUUGUGCAUGGGAGCAUCAAAGGGAGACUUCAUGAAACAUGGAGUAUUUUGAAAUAUUGAUUUAUUGGUUUUCUUUUCCUUUUUUUUUACUUUAAAAUCAUUGCUUAGUUAGGAUUUAUAUAAAUUUUCGUGCAUGUGGAAUCAAAAGUAUUUGUUAGAAGGAUUUAAGUUUCCUGCUAAAAUUUGAGCAGUACUUCCAGCCAGGUCUCCUGUUAUAGUUCCAAGACAGAUUUGUGCUUUCAGAUAAAAGAAUAAAAAAACUUAUAUUCUCUUAUUGGUUUAAUAUAUUAUAGGCUGACAAUCAAGUUAGAAACAAAUGUAAUUGUUUGAUUAAGCUGUGAUUGUGUUGUGUGUUGAUAUCACAUUUCAUUUUAGUGAAAGAAUCUUCAGAGCAGUAAAUGUGUUAAAGAGCUUUACCUAAUCCAACAUUAAUAUUAUAAACGUUUGUAUCCUGUAAUUGCUGCUUAUUACUUUUUAUGCCUUUUCACUAUAUACACCAAUGUUUAACAAUAAUUGCCUUGGUUAUGGGAUGUGACUUGACUGUAGAAUCAUUUUGGAACUGUUAUCACUAAAAUGUGAUUCCUUCCUGCUAGUAUUUUUUA